GUCAGCCUUGCUUUGUUAUUAUGAUGCAUGAGGUAAUAUGUUUUUACCUUAAGUACCCCAUCUAGAGCAAACACAGAAGGGGAAUAGCAUACAGAGAGCGCUUAUUCGCCUUUGAACACUGAUAUAUUAUAUAUAAAUACACUUUUCCGUAAUGUCAUCUUCCAAAUAUUGUAUUGCGGCUCUGGAAUAUUCAAGUAAACAGACAGAAGACGCGAGCUACUGCUGAUAUUACGGUUGUGUCCGCACUAAGCGCUGCAGACACUCGACCGCUCAAGCAUAUUCAGGUUUCCAGGCAGGGAAGCCGCAAGACUUUCGUUUGGACCUAUUUUAAACAUAUUCCAUUAACGUUUUUACAAUAUACUUUGCUUGUUAGAGUAGAGGUAUCGCAUGUUUCUGUAAUUACUCCACAUUUUUCUCUUUUAUCGUUUGCUGCAGUGAGAGUCGCUUCAUCUCCAUCAGCGUCUAUUCAUCCUUACUCAGCAUUCACGCGCAAGCUGUAAUACUCUUAUAUCGUUACAUAAGGCUUUAACGAGUUAAAUGUGGAUAUUGUCGUGUCACUGGGUCGCUAAACACCAUUGACCUUUGAAAUCAAGCCGUUAAUUAUUUUGACGUCAGACUGUUGAAGUCAGACAUAGCUGGUGUUCAUGCCCGAUCUGCAGCGCUUCAGUUUUCCGUACCGUAGCAUGAAUUCUCCUCUCCAUCAUCAUCAUCAGCAGCAGCAUCAGCAGUACCAACAGCAUCAGAAUCCAGAAGCUCCCGGUCAUCCCGAUUCUCCCUCCGGUUUACUCCCCGAGGCUGCUGUCCUCGGAGCUCCUGAUCCAUCCUCUUUUUUCCUCGGAGAACAACCCAGCCCUACUGGCGUCCCCCAGACCGCACUUGACCUUACGGCAUCUUCUUACCUGCACUUCAGUCCAUCCCUCCACUGGUCCCAACCUCCUCCACCUACAGCAAUGGCAUUGAGAAAUGACCUGGGAUCCAAUAUAAGUGUCCUGAAGACCCUCAAUCUGCGAUUCCGAUGCUUUCUGGCUAAAGUGCAUGAACUGGAGAGACGCAAUAAGAUAUUGGAGUUACAGCUUCAGCAGGCUUUAAACAGCAACAAUGCGGGUGGAUGCGUGGAAGAUGGAAAGACUAAAGAAAUUGGUGUUCAGACUGGGUUUAUUGGGCCUAUUGCUGUUCGGCCUGGGUCUCUGUCCUUCCAAAACACUAACAACUCUGCCAAAAGACCCACUACGUUGUUUAUGCCUUCUCUCACGACUGUCCUCAAGCUUGAGCCUAAUAAAGCUGACGAUGGGACCACAAUUGACCCAAACACCAACAGAAAUCCAACCAUCACGGUUAGUCUGUCAACACCCACCACCGAAUCUGCCUCGGCCAACACCAACAACUCUAAUAAUACUCCACAAGUGAGCAGCAUUGGCAUCGGGACGUCUCCAAAUCCUCCUCCUCGCUUCCUCCCGGGCACUAUCUGGUCCUACAACCACACUCGAAAACUGGGAAGCGGGUCAGAGACUCGGGUCACCAGUCCCGGAGUAUCAUGGGUCCACCCGGACGGCGUGGGUGUCCAGAUAGACACCAUCACUCCAGAGAUCAGAGCACUUUACAACGUCCUGGCCAAAAUCAAAAGGGAGAGGGAUGAGUACAAGCGAAGAUGGGAAGAGGAAUACACUAUGAGAAUGGACAUGGAACAGAGAAUGAAUGAUCUACAGGAGGACCUACAGGAGAGUGAAGUAUGUCAGGAUGAGUUGGCCCUCAAGGUGCAACAGCUGAAAGCUGAACUCGUGCUCUUUAAAGGACUCAUGAGCAAUAACCUGUCAGAGCUGGACAGUAAGAUCCAGGAGAAGGCCAUGAAAGUGGACAUGGACAUCUGCAGACGUAUUGACAUCACAGCUCGCCUGUGUGAUGUCGCCCAACAAAGAAACUGUGAAGAUCCAAUCAAGAUCUUUAAGGUUCCCAGCCCUCAAAAUGCCAUCACCUCUCGUACCCGUAAACAAACCUCGCAACCUGCCAAUGGCAGCGAGACAGAUGAGCCAGUCAGCACCUCUGAGAGUGAUGGAGGUGGUGCGCGAGAGGACGAAGUGUGCACCCCUUCAACCCUCCAGAUCAAUGAAGAGAUGCAGAGAAUGUUAACCCAACUGCGAGAGUGUGAGUUUGAGGACGACUGUGACUCUCUGGCUUGGGAAGAGACAGAAGAAACGCUCCUUCUGUGGGAGGAUUUCCCAGGAUGUACUUUCACAGCGGACACUAGUCAGGGCGAGGAGGAGUGUUUGGAAAAGGUGAUUAAGGACACUGAAUGUCUUUUUAAGUCCAGGGAGAAGGAAUAUCAGGAGACUAUAGACCAAAUCGAGUUGGAACUUGCCACAGCAAAGUCGGACAUGAACCGCCAUCUUCACGAGUAUAUGGAGAUGUGUAGUAUGAAGAGAGGACUGGAUGUGCAGAUGGAAACCUGCAGGAGACUCAUAACUCAGAGUGGAAACAAUAAAUCCACUUCUUCUAUACCUGGAGGAGGUACAGAUGCGAACGGAGAAACAGAGAGGGAUAAAACGGAGGAAGGAGGAAGAUAAUGACGACAAUAUGCAGAAGGUGUUUGCAAGAAGAAGAAAAAGCGCCCCUCAUCUCUUCACGGCACCCAUCAUCAAGUACCAUGAUCAACCCUGCUCAUGUUUUUGCAGACUACCCAGUCACUGCCUCUAGUGGUGGGAAAUGGAAUUACAUUGUAUGUGCUGAGUGCCCAAAAGAGAACAUGUACUGACAUUUCCCCUCUGGUACUGUUUUCACACCUACAUAAUCAUAAAGAUGAGAGUCCUCACACGAUUGUUUGCUUUUAUCUGCUUUCAGCGAGCCCGUCCACCGGCGAGUAUCAAUCAUGUUUUCCGUUCUCAUCCCCAAAUGUCUGAGUCAUUAUAUUUUCUGCAGUGAAUACAAUCACUUUUGAUUUCGUAUGUCUGGCAGAAAAUCAUUGACAGUGUUUUCACAAAGUUUCCAUUUCCUAGAGACUCUGAGGGGACAUUUGCUCACUUAUUGUUGCCGCAUGUACCGUUACGUGCCGCUGUAAGCCGUGGGUCAGUAGGUGUGUUGUGCUUCCUGUCUGAGCUGUUGUAAAUACCGGGCUGUUUAUGCUAGUGAAGGGUGGAGGUAACUGUAGCCUGCACGUCCCCCAUCUUUGUGCUUAAAUGAACAUGAAAUAAAUGACAUUUCAUGCUAACGGUAUUGUGCUGAUGCCAGGCUGCUUUGGAGUCUCGGCUGUUUGCGCUCUUAGAAUAAUGAACUCUUUUACUUCCUCUUGCGGGUGGAAAACAUGAGUGAUGGGUGAGGUCAGACGAGUGAGAUUCGAGGAUGUUAUGGCUCUGGGUACAUGUCAGAGCGUUACGCAUGUCAACCGCUAUGUUAUUUCCUUUUCACUUUUCCCCUCAUUUUUCUCCUUUAAGAUAAAUGAUAUUGAGCCUUUUUCUCUGCCGGUGGAGGUACAUUUCCGAAAAAAAUAAUUUCAUGAAAAUGCUGUAUAUUUAUCGCUGCUAUAGAUAUGAGAACUACUCAGUCCAUAAAAGUAUCUAGUAUUUCUAUUUUGGACAGUAAAAUCCUUCCAGUGUAGUUCACCCUUGGCGUUUUUCUGUUUUGUGUCUAUAAGACCUUGCUGGUGCCUCUGAUGGCUGAGGUUGAUGCAAAGAUCUACCCAUUUGUCUGACCUGUUGUUUUCACUGGGAACAGUCUUGUAGUCUAGACUGGCUGUGUUCUGUUAGGAACUGAAUAAGGUGAUAUGAGAGGAGUCCUUUAUAGAGCAAGACCCUGAAGAGUUAUUUUCAUGCUAGUGGUGAUAGUCCAUGAUAGUUUAAGCAACCCAUCUUGUUAGAUUCUACCAGUGAUCCAGUAGAAAGAGGGAUCCUGAUGGGUUAAUUCAGGGAUGUCCAAACCUGCUUCUGCAGAGUUUAGCUCCAGCUUGUAUCAACGCACCUGCUUGGAAGUUUCUAGUAUGCCUAGUAAGGCCUUGAUUAGCUGGUUCAGGUGUGUUUAAUUGGGGUUGGAGCUGAACUCUGCAGGACUGUGGCCCUCUGGGAGCUGGAUAGGACACCUCUGGGUUAAACUCAUUGAUGAAUGUUCUUAAAGACCCCACAAAAUGUUUGACAAACUAAAUAUUAUUUAAAUAUUAUCUAUUUAUUAGAGAGAUCUUAAGGAAACCAAUUUCUGCCUCAGAGUAAAAAACAAGCAAAUAAACAAAAAAGAUAGUUUGCCAGAUAUCUCAAAGAUGCAACUUUAGGCUACGUCCACACGAAGCCAGAGCUUACCCUAUCCAAUCUUCUUUUUUUUUUUUUUCUGCGUUCUGCGUUCACACGAAACCACUGAAAUGACUCAAAACGAUGUAGUAUACAUGCAAGCUCAGUAUA